AUGACCUUCGCAGCCCCCGUCUCAAACGGCAAAUUUUCCCUCGCCGUCGACAGCUUCUACGUCGAAACCUCCAACCACAAUCUGCACCGCCGCGCGACCGUCCCCGAGCUCCAGUCCCUCUUUGACACCAGCACCGCAAACAAGACACCAGACCCCGUGGGGCACUGGUACAAAGCGCAGUUGUUGCAUUAUGGACUCGCACCGUCGAAUAAUAAGGCUGUUGCGAAGAUGCGGUUGUUGGAUGCGGUGAGGGGUGGGGGGUUGGAGGGGCCGAGGGAUAUUGUCAAGGUUGAGGGGGAUUUGAAGAGGGAGUGGAAGAGGAAGGAUAAGGAGACUAUGAGUGGUGGUUCUGCUGGUGUUGGUGAUGCUGCUGCUGCUGCUGCUGCUGCUGGAGCUGGGGCUGGUACGAAGACGGCUGGUGGUAAUAAGAGGAAGAGGGAUGGUGAGGAGGAGAGUGUACCGACUCCCAAGGCGACGACGGCGAAAAAAAACCAAGGCUGCGGAUUCGACACCUGCGGAGAAGGCGGAGACUGGUGCUGGAACCGGUGCGAAAAAGACUGCUGCUAA